AUGCUCGCUGCGGCGGCGGCAUCCGCCGAGUGCGUGCAGCUGCUGCUCGAGAGCGGCGCGAAGCCCGCGGCGCGCUCGACGCGCCACGUGACGGCGCUGCUGCUCAGCGCCAUCGAGGGGUCCGUCGACAUCGUGCGGCCGCUGCUCGCGGCGAAGGCCGAGCCGGACGUCGCGGAGGAAGGCGGCACGACGCCGCUCAUCGCCGCGGCGAGCGAAGGGCACGCGGAGGUCGCUGCGGCGCUGCUGCAUGCCGGCGCGUCGCUCGACCUCGUCACUGAGCAGGGCGUGAGCGCGCUCAUGUUCGCCGCGCAGGGUGGCUGCGUGUCGAUCGUCUCGUCGCUGCUGCAGCGCGGCGCGCGUGCUGACCUGGUCGCCAAGAGCCCGGAGAAUCCGUGCGGCACCGCGCUCAUCGGCGCCGCACGCAGCGGCAGCCUUGAAGUCAUCGCGCAGCUGCUCGCCGCGGGCUCUGCGAUCAACGGGCAGCGCGGCGACGGUACGACGCCAAUCAUCCAGGCGGCGUGGAACAAUCAUGCAACGGCGAUCGAGGCCCUCGUCGACGCCAAGGCCGACGUGAACCACACGGACAAAACAGGCAUGAGCGCACUCAUGCGUGCCUCCAACGACGGGCACAUGGACGCCGUGAGGACGCUGUUGAAGCUCGGCGCCAAGAAAGGCCUCGUCGCGACCGACAGCGCGACGACCUACAACGCGACGACUAACAACGCGACGACCGCCCUUAGCCUCGCGAGGAGCAACAAGCACGAGCUCAUUGUCGAGCUGCUGCAGGCCGCGUAG